GUCAAAAACCUAACUUUGGUGUGUCAAGACUGGGGCGGCUUGACAGGACUGAGUGUCGUCAAGGAUUGCCCAGACCGCUUCUCCAGACUCGUCAUCAUGAAUACUGGCCUCCCUGUGGGUGGUGACUUCUCCAUCAACACGCUCAGCAAACUCACUCCAUUUCUGAUGUGGAGGGCGUUUGCCCAGCUUUUUGGCACCCAUUUACCGGUCAAGAGAAUCUUCCGCUUCGCCAUUGAGAAUAUCAGUGAUGAGGUGCUGUCGCUGUAUGAGGCGCCGUUCCCUUCGUCAGCUCACCUUGGAGGUGCAGCUCGCUGGCCACUACUGGUGCCCCUGGCAAGCUCCUCGCUCGUCAGCGGCGAUAUGCAGACCACACGAGACUUCCUCAAGAACGUAUGGAAGUCGCCGGCACUGAUCAUGUUCAGUGACAAUGAUCCUAUCACGGGUUCACAAGUGAAGUCUUUCCAGUCCAUGCUUCCCCAUGCAAAAAAUCACAAGAUUCACGGUGGAGGUCAUUUCCUACAAGAGCAGCGCGGCGUGGAACUGGCAGAUCAGGUCGUCCUGUUCAUCAACUCUACUAACUGACGCGAGAUUCACUUUCCCUUGUCAGUGUCGGAAGUAUACAAUAAAUUCAAAAGUUUGUGUUAAUCUAUUAUUUGAAAGUAGAGCUUCGUUAUCAAGACCUAAAGUGACUUUGUUAAAUUUUGUUACAUUGUUUAGAAAACUAGUUGUUUUUACAGUGAUUCCAUUGUUCGUAUUAGUUUAAAAGAUAUACUUUGUGCAGCUACCGUAGAAUAAUGGGCGGUGUAAAAAUCUGUCAAGUUUCACAAAAUGUGAUUUAUCAUGAUUUUUCAUGCAUGUUUUUACGCAUUUUAUUAUUGUUACUAGACUCGCAAGUUAUCGUAAGUAAUUGCCUCGAUUAAACGGCAUCGAACCGUAGACAGUUUAUAAGCUCAAAAUUUUGUAUAUUAAACUGACACACAUAUAAUUGAUACCUUAAAAUUCAUAUCAGCCAUUAAAAAUAAUGUGUGUAUCUGAAUUUAUUACAAUGAAAAUUAUUA